AUGCUGGAACCUCGAGACGCCAAUGAGUUGAAGCGUUAUUAUCCAGACCAAUCUGAUUCAACUAAUCAAUUAAAAAAGUCCAGACCCAGCGAAUCAAGCGAUACACCACUUGGCACAGACUUGAUGGUGCCAGAAAUGGUUGGUGAUAAGAAUAACAGUAACAACAACCAGAAUUUAUCUGGUGCAUCCAAUACAGACGUCAUAACUGCUGGACGUGAUAGCUUCAACGGUAUCAAAAAUACUGGUUCCGGUAUUGACAAAGGCAAGCUUGAUCAGCAAGAUUCGUCAAAGCUCAAUGAUGCCAUUGCAGCGGCGGGUGUUAAUAUACAUGAGGAAGAAGAGUUGUUGUUACAACAGCAGCUGUUGCGUAAGAAUGAAGCCACAAAUGAGAAGAAUGUUUUACUGCGAGCCCCCAAAGUCUCACCUUUUUUAAAUCCAUAUCAUUUAGCGGCAUUUCUUGGAAAAGUAGCAAAAACUCAUCAAAUCAAUCAAAACUUUCUUGAAGAUGGAGAUAUGCUAAAUCUUGUGUCAGGUGCAUGUGAAACAUGGAUUGCCCAAAUAGCUAGCAAAGCCAUCACCAUAUCCCGUCACAGAAGACGAGGUGGAGUCUUGACAACCUCCAAAAAGAAUGGCACCAUUUCUUCAUCUCAAAGGUCAGCAGUUAGUCGAGAGUUGCGCAAUAUAGCAGUGAAACAAAAAGAGCUAGAGGAGAAGAGAGUGAGCAAAAGGAUAGCAUUGGGACUUGAAAAGAGCGCCAACGAUCUGAAUGACGGCGAAAAUGGUGAUAGCAAAGCGGGCGCUGAUGAAACUCUACAUCGUGCUGCUAAUGCCACGGCAGCCAUGAUGACUGUUGGAAAAAAGAAGUACAGCUGGAUGAAUUCCAGUGCCAAUGGAGGUGGUGUAGGCUCAGACGUUGAUGGUAAAGGUGGUUCUAGCUCCAAUAAGGGGAAGCAGAGCCCCAUAAUUUCUGCUCGAGGUGAUAGUGGAUUGAGAUAUAGGGAAGUUAGAGCCGGGAACUCGAUUGUGUUGAAAGACUUGUUGGGUGCGAUUGAAAAUGAAAAGAGAGGGACCCAGGAAGCGGUAGUCAAGGGAUAUUCUAAAUUGAGGGAUUGA